UCCUCAGGCACCGGGGACAGGGACAGCGCCAGCAGCCGCGCCCGGGGGCACAGCAGGAGGAGCCCAGCCUGGCAGGAGACCCUCCGAGACUCUCAGGGACUGAUGGACGUUUCCGACAGCCCGGAGCGAAACCCCUGCUCUCCUGAGGAAGAGGACCAGCAGCUUUCCGAUGAGGAGGUCCUGAAGGAGAGCGGCUCAGAGCGGGAACUCGAUGGGGAGGGUGGCCAGGGGAGCCUCCUGGGCGAGGAGGAGGAUGCAGGCAGGGCCCUGAGCCGGGGGGAAGAGGAGAACCACUCGGAUGAGGAGGAUCGGCUGAGCGAGGCCAAGUCGCAGGAAUCCGACACCAACGAGCAGAGCGUGGAGCUGAAGAGCCCCCAGCCCCAUAAAGGAUUGGAGGAAGACAGGACAAAUGACCUGGAAGUGUCCUCUGUCACCAGGGAGCUGGAUGAGCACGAGCUGGACUAUGAUGAGGAGGUUCCUGAGGAACCCAGUGCUGCUGCUGCAGAGGAGGACGGGGAGAAAGCUGCUGGGGAGGAUGAUGAGGAAGAGGAGAAAGGAGAUGAUGCCCCUGAAGAUGAGAAGAAGUCCAGCAGCAAAAGUGAUGAUGAGAAGGAUGGGCAGGAUGCCCCCAAGGAGAAGAAGAAAGAAGAGGAUGAUGGGGAAAUUGAUGAUGGAGAAAUCGAUGAUGAUGAUUUGGAAGAAGGAGAAGUUAAAGACCCCAACGACAGGAAAGUGAGGCCACGCCCCACCUGCCGCUUCUUCAUGAAAGGACACUGCACCUGGGGCAUGAACUGUCGUUUUAUCCACCCCGGAGUGAACGAUAAAGGAAAUUACUCCUUGAUCUCCAAACCUGAGCCCUUCUCCCCCAAUGGUGCCCCUCCCAUGGGCCCUCACCCGCUGAUGCCAGCCAACCCCUGGGGAGGCCCAGUGGUUGAUGAAAUUUUACCUCCACCUCCUCCAGACCCUCCAACAGAAAGUGCCUGGGAGAGGGGGCUCCGGCACGCUAAAGAGGUAUUAAAAAAAGCAACCAUGAGGAAAGAGCAGGAGCCUGACUUUGAGGAGAAGAGAUUCACUGUGACCAUUGGAGAGGACGAGAGGGAAUUCGACAAGGAGAACGAGUUUUUCCGGGACUGGAAUUACCGCAUCACCAGAGAUGUCCGGGACCCCACGCUUGAUCCCUAUGCAGAUCCCUAUUAUGACUAUGAAAUAGAGCGUUUCUGGCGUGGUGGGCAGUAUGAGAAUUUCAGGGUUCAGUACACAGACCCCGAUCCCUACCGUAACUACAGAGAAAGAGAGCGAGAACGGGAAAGGGAAAGAGAGAACAGACAACGGGAGCGGGAACGGGAGCGGGAGCGAGAGCGAGAGAGGGAGCGGCGGCAGCGGGAGCGGGAACGGGAGCGGGAGCGCGAGCGCGACAAGGAGAGACAGCGGCGGAAAGAAGAGUGGGAACGGGAACGGGAGCGAGUGAAGAGGGACGAGAAGGACAGGCAGCACAGAGAUCGCGACAGGGACCGCGAUCGCGACAGGGACCGCGACAAGGACAAGGACAAGGCAAAGCCGCGGUCGCCGCUGCUCCCGGGCCGCCAGCCCGAGGCACCAAAGAAGGACAAGGAGGCCACAGCCCUGGGCACUGCUCCAUCCAAGAGGGCAGAUGAGUGGAAGGAUCCCUGGCGCCGAUCCAAAUCCCCCAAAAAGAAACUGGGAGUGUCCGUGUCCCCCAGCAGGGCACGGAGGCGCCGGAAAACCUCGGCUUCCUCAGCCUCUGCUUCUGGCUCCUCCAGGUCCUCUUCUCGUUCAUCCACCUACUCUGGGUCCGGCUCCUCCCGCUCGCGCUCCAGAUCCUCCUCCUACAGCUCCUACUCCAGUCGCUCCUCCAGGCACAGCUCUUUCUCAGGCAGCAGGUCCAGGUCAAGGUCCUUCUCAUCUUCCCCCUCUCCUUCUCCAACACCAUCUCCUCACAAGCCACUGGUGAAGGCUAAAGGGGAAUUAUUGCCACCUCCUGGGAAAGGGGAAAAAUCCGUGAAGAAACUCACUGCCCUCCCAGUCCCUCAGCCACUCACAAAAAUUACAACAGCAGCCCCAGAGCCAGCCAAGCCAGGGGAUAAUCGGGAAGCAAGGAGGAAGGAACGACAGACAAGGACUCCACCCAGGAGGAGGACCAUGAGUGGCAGCAUCAGUGGCAGUGCCAGCAGCUACAGCGGGUCCAGCUCCCGAUCGAGGUCCUUGUCCCGGUCUCUGUCCAGAUCUCAUUCCAGAUCAUCCUCUGCCUCAGUCUCCCAUUCUCCCUCUGGGUCAAGGAAAUCCAGGUCCCUGAGCGUGAGCAGCGUUUCCUCAGUGUCCAGUGCCUCGUCCAGCAGCAGCUCCGUGCGCAGCGCUGACUCCGAGGACAUGUACGCAGACCUGGCCAGCCCCGUGUCCUCGGCCAGCUCCCGCUCCCCCACCCCGGCCCAGCAGAAGAAAGGAAAGUCAAAAAAAGAAGACAGUGCUAAAGAGGAGAAGAGGAAACGGGAUGUGCCCGCUCAGCUCCUGAAAUCAGCCAAACCCACCCCGGGAAGCAAAGCCCAGCAGCCACCCCAGGGUCAGCAGCCCUCGGCCCCCCAGGCACAGCAGGGAGGCUUCAGCGGCCACAAGGAGAUCAAACUGACUCUCCUGAACAAGGCAGCUGACAAAGGAAGCAGGAAGAGAUACGAGCCAGCAGACAAAGAGAGGCCAACCUCUCCUCCAGCCAAACGGGCCAACCUGUCACCUGACAGAGGGUCUCGUGAUAGGAAGGUGACCGGGAGACUCUCAUCCCCCAAACAGGAGCGGCAGCGAGGCCAGAACCCAAAACCUUCCCCUGCACAGGCAGACAGGAAACGCCAGCUGUCCCCUCAAUCCAAGAGCUCCAGCAAAGUCACGAGCGUGCCGGGCAAGGGCUCAGAGCCUGGUCCUGCAGCUGCCAAGGGCAGCAAAUCCAGCACCUUGUCCCGGCGGGAGGAGCUCCUGAAACAGCUCAAGGCGGUGGAAGACGCCAUCGCCCGCAAAAGGGCCAAAAUCCCAGGAAAAGUAUAGUGGGCCGUGCCCCUGUAGUGACUGUUGAUGUUUUUAUAAAUAGUGGAGAAAGAGGAAAAAAAAAAAAAAAAAAAAAAAAAAAAGAGAAAAAAAAGAGAAAAAAAACCAACCAAACAAACAAAAAACCAAGCGGCCGCUUUGGGAUUUUGCGGUUCCUCGUCUUCUUUUUUUGGGGGUUUUUUUGUUGUUUGUUUUGUUUUGUUUUGUUUUGUUUUGGCCGCGGUUCUUUUUAAAAAACCCACACGUGCAAAACAACAACAACAAAAACAAAUAAAUUAAGGAAGUUUUUGUCCAGCUGGGGAAAGACCCCCGCAAUGAAAUGGCUCCAGGAGGGCUCUGGAGCCGUGUGGAUUCUGCACAGAGGACUCCAGUCCCGUGGGAUGCUCCCACUUGUCCCGUGUCCCCUCUCCUCUUUGCUAGCCUCGAGUUGUAUUCUCCUAGUUAGCCCUGCUGUGUGUCGAGUGUCUUCAGCAAUGCAGUUCUAGUCCCGUGUGCCGAGAGAGCCGAAAACUGCUGUGAACUGCUGGCAACGCCCCUCCUCCUCCCCCAGGAAAAAACAAAACAAAAUAUAUAUAUAUAUAUAUAUAUAUUCCUGCCUCAGUCCCCUCGGGAAUGACCUGUCCUUUCUUUGGAGCAGGGGAUCGGUUCAGUUGAUUUCCCAGGAGCCCUGCAGGUGUUGUGGACAUGUCUGGCUGCCAGGAGGGUCCUUCUUCCUUUGAUUUUUUCCGGUUUUUUUUUUUUUUUCCCUUGUUCUUUUUUUUUUCUUUUUUUUUUUUUUUUUUUUUUUUGAGGGAUCUCCCUGAAAUAAAAUAUUUUGAUAACCAGUUUUACCUUUCCCUGCUCUUCUCUCUAUCUCCCCUGCCUUGGGGAGGGGUCUGUAUUUUGGGGAUUUUUGGGGCACGAGCAGCUCCGUGGAGCUGGAAAAGCUGCUCUGUUUGCUGGGGGAGCACCCAGUGUGAAACCAGCAUCCCACUGGUGUGUGACUGGGGGGCUCUGCAGCCUCUGCUCUGCCUGGCAUCAUGGGGGGGAUCCCUCUGAUAAAUCCCCCCCAAUUUAGGGAGUAAUGUUUAAGGUCCCAAUGGAUUUCCCAGGCUCCUUGUUCCCAGUAUGGAACCAGUAUCCUACUGGUGUGAAGUGUUACUGGGGGGCAUCAGCUGGGGUACCUCUGCCAGACCCCCUCUCAUCCAGAGAACAAUUUUUUGGGGUCCCUGGGAUUUCCCAUCCCCUGGAAUUCCCCAUCCCCUGAAAUUCCCCGUUC